AGCUCCCUGCUACGACUUCCGUCUUUCCAUCGUCGCCAUUUUCGACUGAGAGUUGGCUUGUUUGUAAUGGAUAGCGUUAGCUAGCAGGCUGGCCUGACCACCAGAUCGAAUACAACACUAACUUGACUUAGUCAGAGAACUGGGUGUUCAAAGUUAUUCGUGUAUAUUGUUUUCAUGGGACGUGCACCCCAUCUGUCCUGCCCUGUUCUCAAGCUGAGCUAGCUAACUGCAACAGAUACAGCUAACAGGCUAGCUUAGUGAGCUAGCUGUGGAGCAUCAGCACCGGCUCAAAGGAGAGCGAACAUCCCCCUCUACCUGCCCGUCCCGAUCAGCUGAUUGACGUCUUUGUUGGCCCUUUAUGUAUUGAAGCAGCCUGCGUAAAGCUAGCCCACAGUGGUAUUCUACGGAGAGAUGUAUCAACUUCCAGUGAAUAACCUUACAAGGCUCAGGAAAGCUAGGAAACAUGUGAAAAGAGCACUUGGUGACAUUGGACUAGAGUACUGUAAGGAGGCAGCAGAGGAGUUUAAAGAGUUUUGCCCUGAUGAGCAAUAUGUACAGGCCAGUCUUUGCCUUGAUAUCUGCACAUGGGAUCCAUCAUAUUCUAAAACACAGGAAUACAGAUCAAAGCCAUUCUGCUGCACAGAGUGCCCGUUUUCUUCCAAGUACUACUCAGGCUACAAAAAUCACUUCCGCAAUGUACACAGGAAAAUCUUUGACAGUAAAAUUCUGCUCAACUGUCCUUACUGCUCAUUCACUGCAAGCAAAAGAACUUUGGAAACGCAUGUUAAAAUAUUCCACAUACCCAAAGCAGCACGGCAACAUUUUGGGAACCCACAGGGAGCUGCACUGGGAAAGAACAACAAAGUGCAAAUUGAUAGGAUCAGACCGGGAGAUGUGGAGAAAGCAAUGUACUUUUGCAAAAAGUGCACGUUCCGGGACACUCUUUACAAUGUUGUGAGAAGGCACAUCUACAGGGAACAUUUUCAGCAUAUUGUGUCACCAUAUCUUGGAAUGGUUUCUGAUUCAUCUGUCAAAAAUGGUGCUAAUUCUGUCAAUGGCAACAACAUCCUCUGUAAACGCUGCCAGUUUACCACUCGUAGCUAUGAAGCUUUAGUGCAGCAUGUUGUAGAGUACCACGAGCUCAUUGGUGCUCAAGUAACAACUAUGAUUGGACAUGCUAAUGUUAUUGUGUCCAGGCAACAAUCCUUGCCAGCUGCUUCUCAGAAGGCCCCACUGAUCAUUAGGGGCCACACAAUUAGAACUGAACCAAUACCACAACCAGUGAUUGGCUAUUUAAAGCCAAUAGCCCCUGUUGUUAAAAACCAGUACUCCAUCGCAGCCGGCAAGGUGCGCAUCAUACUUCCUGGGAAAAGCACUGUGGUUGAAAAUAAUGCUGCUGGUGUAAACACAUCACAGACACAGAAGUGGAAGAUAUGUACAGUUUGCAAUGAGCUUUUUCCUGAAAACCUCUACAAUGCUCAUUUUGAGAAUGCACACAAGGCAAAGAAAGUGUGGGCACUGGCCAAGUACAUCAUGAAAAUCCACAACUUCACCAGCAAGUGUCUGCUUUGCAACCGCUAUCUGCCCAGCGACACACUGCUUAACCACAUGCUAAUCCACGGGCUCACCUGUCCACAGUGCCAUGCUGCUUUCCACAAUGUUGAGAAAAUCAUCGAACACGUCGGCAAGGCUCAUCCCAAUGACUUUGUUGGACCCCCUGGUGCAUCACCCCUAACUUUUGAUCUCACCAUUAAACAAGAUAAGUCUAUAAACGUACAGCUUGUUGUGCUCACCUUCAACAUGAAGGAGUCGAUUAACGGUCAAGAUCAGUCUGCUCAGAAAGUUUCAAGGCUAGCCAAGCUAACCACUCCAAGAAUGAUUGAAAAGAAAAGUGAAGCACUUGUUCGAAACUUUGCAGGACUGAGCAAAAAAAUUGAGGUUGGGAAGACUCUGUGUCCCCUCUGUUUCACCAUCCUCAAAGGUCCCAUCUCCGAAGCUUUGGCCAUGCAUCUCAGGGAGCGACACCAAGUGCUCCAAACAAUGCAUCCUGUUGAAAAAAAGAUGACAUACAAGUGCAUUCAUUGCCUGGGGGUGUACACCAGUAACAUGGUGGCUUCCACAAUCACGCUGCAUCUUGUGCAGUGCAGAGCUGUUGGGAGGAGUCAGGCAAGCCAAGGCUUCAAGUCUGCUUUGACUCUCAACUCCUCCGGGGCUGGCUUCCUCAAGAGGCAGCCACCAACGCAGGUCUCGACCGACCCCAAGAAGAUGAAACUGAGCAAGGAGUCAAAUAUUUCCUCCACAACUGUUGGAGAUCAGUCCAUCCCUGACGGCCUUGCUCUUGAUCCUAGUAGCUACGAGCACAAGACGUACGAGGCCCGAAAAGAUUUCCUGACGGCCUACUUCAACCGGCGACCAUACCUUUCGAUCCGGGAAGAGGAGAUGCUGUCUGCAAGUCUGUGGCUCUGGAAAUCUGACAUUGCUACCCACUUUGCAAACAAGCGCAGGAUGUGCGAGAGACACUGCGAGUCCAGGAAGCUGUCUGUGCUGCUCGGCUUUGACAUGCACGCUGUAAAGAAAGUUAAGCAUGACUUGGAGUUUGUGGAAAGCACGAUUGUUGGCACCUUCACGGGGAGAUCUGUAGGCCUCAAGUCUGGUACUCCAAGCACAGACCAAAACAAGCAAAGUGAGACACUAAACUGUACCUUAAAACUCAGUACAUGCACAGAGACAAUUUCCAUUGACUCAGACAGUGAAACAGAAACAGUGGAUAAACCUACUGAGAAUGGAAAUGUUGACACAAACCAAGAUGAGAAUGUACAAUCUGAGGAGCCAGCAAACCUGUCAGAAGAGGCUGAACCUUUGAACCCUGACGACCCCUCUAGUGAAAAGGAGAGCUCUUUGCCAGAUGGGAAAGCAAAUGCUAUGAUGACAUUGUGUUAGUGUCGCUGCUAAGCAGUGUGCUUUGUAAACAGUAUUUAAGGCAAACAAAAAAACAGGUCUAAAGGUGAUUACAAAUCACAAAUAUUUGGUCAAAUGGCAUGAGUGACUAAAACUACAAUUUUCGAUUUUGGCCUUGUUACAUUUUUGGAGAAGAGGGUGGGGGGAAUGACAUAUAGUGCAUAAAUACAGUGGAGGAAAUAAGUAUUUGUUCCCCUGCCAAUUUAAUUUAACCACAACAGUUCCCCCCCCCCCAAGCAUAAUGUUUCCCCCUCCGUUCUUGAUGCUGGGGAUGUUGUUCCUCGGGUUCAGCAUUUCUCUUCCUCCAAACAUGACAUGUCAAGUUGUAUAUGGCAUAUAAGUGACAUUGUAUAUAUUUUAGCCAUUAUUCUUUUGAUAGUUUCCUCCUAUGUUAUUCAUCUUAACUGUCACAAGAUUUGUUAAAUGAUUAUUCCAACUUCACAAAUCAUUUAUAAGUCCCACAGUGGGGAAAUGUACAAAGUAGGAACUACUCGGCGGUGAUUAGGAGCGCUGUUUCAAGGCUGCCACUGGAACUUUCCAACUUACAUAUUUUUUUCCUUUGUGACAAGAAACUGUAAUAAUUGUCAUUUCACAUUUAAAACGUGUAGGAUAUGCUAAAUGCUUAUGUACAUGUUUUAACAAAUAUGUUUGUUUAAUAAAAACAUUUAAGUCUG